CUUCCCUCCUCGCUCAGACAGACUCACUCGCCACCGCAACAACCAUGUCCACGACCAGACCACGCGACGAGGACGAGAACACGGGCGCGUCGUCGCCCAAGCGGGCGAGACUUGACGAGCCCGAGCACACCAGCGAGGGUGUGGUCGUAACUGACGCGCCUGAGGCGGCUCCUGCGGAGGAGAAGAAGGUUGAGAGCCUGCUGCCCCCUAGCCACACUCUGCUUGGUGCACCUGAACCUGUGUACACUCCGGAUGGCUCCAUGCAGUACAUCAUGGAGACCGACGUCGGUAUCUCCGAGUACGUGGGUCACGACAUCCCACGCAUCCAGGGUAUCAUAAAACAAAGAUUCACAGACUUCUUGGUAUACGAGGUCGACCUGGACGGCAACGUUGUACACUUGAAAAAUAUCGGCAAGCCGGAGUCUUCACCGAAGAAAGCGACUGGACAGACAACAUCUGCUAGCGGCGAUGCUACGCCCACCGAAAAUCCUGAAACCUCAACCCAAAAGGCUGAGACUGAGGCUAAAGCGAAGACACUUGGUGAACAAGCUCCCGAAGAGAACGAGCCUUGGCCACAACGCUUCACAGAGAUCCUCAAACCCUUCCUGUCGGAGCCUGUCAUGGAGAAAGUUAAGGCUCUGUACCUCGAGGGCCCCGAGCCGCCAUUUAUCAGCGACAGCGGCUGGGACGGACGUCAAUCCAAGCCUGCUGAAAGUGAAGGUGCUGGAGAGAGCAGUUCUAUCACGCAUCAAGAAGAGCCCGAAAAAUCCGAACGCAAUAAGAAGGGCAAGGGUCGUGGUGGGCGUGGUGGACGUGGUGGACGUGGUGGCAAGGCCGGUAGGGAAGGCGGAAGGAACGGCCGCCCCGCCGAACGCGAAGAUCACCGCAAAGUCCUGUCAGAUCCAAUCUCGUCUAAAGAGACACGAACAGGCUUGCACCAAGCUAUUCGAACCUUGUUCGGUGGUAAGCUCGAAACUGAGACUGAUACCAAUGCUCCUGCUACGGACGAAGGCUCAAAAAUCAUAAUCAAGUGGUCGAAAGCAGGGGCCAGAGGCGGACGUGGCGCUGACCGUGGUGGACGCGGUGGCCACCGUGGCGAACGUGGUUCAUACCCUCCAUACGUCCACUUUACUCUCCAAAAGACCAACCGGGAUACUCAGGAUGCACUUGCACACCUAUCACGCUCAUUACAUUGUAGUGUCAAGGACCUUUCGGUCGCGGGUACCAAGGACAAGCGGGGCGUAACUGUCCAACGAGUAUCGCUUCGGAGAGGAAACAAAACUGUCGAGGAUGUCUGGCGGACCGCAAAUGGACUCGGUGGUCGUCGCUCUACGGAAGAUGUUCUGACAAGGCGCGGUGAGCGCGGCAUCCGUAUAGCGGAUUUAAACUACAGGCGUGCUAGCCUCGAGCUCGGUAUGCUCAAAGGCAACGCGUUCGUCAUCACUUUAAGAAACGUCCAAGUCGACUCGUUGGACACGCUCGACCGCGCGAUGAACACUAUCAAGACCAAGGGUUUCAUCAAUUACUAUGGCAUGCAGCGCUUUGGCACGGCCGCAAUCCCGACUCACUCUAUUGGCCUCGCGCUGCUCAAGUCUGAGUGGCACAAGGCCGUCGACCUUAUCCUGCGCGUGCGUCCAGGCGAGCACCCCGAGGUAACAGCGGCACGGAACGCGUGGCUCGUCGACGGCGACCUCGACCGCGCGCUCGAGCUCAUGCCGCGCCGCGUCGUUGCAGAGCGAUGUAUCCUCGAGAGCUUCAAGAAGCAGGGUGGCGACACGCGUAACGCGAUGGGCGCGCUUUCCACGAUCCCGCGCAGCCUACGGCUAAUGUACGUGCACGCGUAUCAGUCAUACGUCUGGAACGCCAUCGUGAGCGAGCGGAUCCGCCUGUAUGGCGCAGAGAAGCCCGCCGUGGGUGACCUUGUCUUCGAGACAGACGGCGAGAACGCAGAGGCGACUGCUGCUACGGCUGCAGAUGACGGGGACGACGCGGGUGCAGAAACCGUGGCCGAGAGCCCGGAAGACGAACUGCUCAUCGAGGAGAAAGCAGAGGAGGUGAGCAAGCCGGGUGGUGCACAGGGGGAUGAGGACGCGCCCGCGGGCAAGCCUGCGAAGCGGUCCCGCAAGCCCUGGGAACCGCCGCGGGUGAAGGCGCUCACGGAGGCCAACGUCGACAAGCACACGAUCUUCGAUGUCAUCAUGCCGCUGCCCGGACGCGAUGUAUCCUUCCCUGGUGGCGCGCUCGGCGAGCGCUAUAAGGACUUCCUCCGCGCCGACGGGCUCGACCCCGAGCAUUUCGAGCGCAAGCAAAAGGAAUACAGCCUCGGCGGGUCGUACCGCAAGAUCCUGCACCUCCCAAAGGAGCUCUCGUGGUCCGUGCUGCGGUACACGGACCCGGACGUUGCGCUCGCGCAGGCGGACGAGGACCAGCUGCUCGGUUUCGACGUGCCCGCAGUCGACGCGGACGGCAAGUUCAUGGCGCUGCAGGUGCGCCUCCAGCUCGGCACGGCUGCGUACGCCACGAUGGCGUUGCGCGAGGUGACCAAGACCGAGACGAGCUCGCACUUCCAGUCCGGCCUCACGCAGGCGAGCGAGGACCAGAAGUACAGGGCUGUGGCCGCGGAGGGCGUUGAGGCCGACGAGAGCUAGGUUGUCGUGUAGCGCAGCACAACAGAUGUGUAAGUAGAUAACACGAUAGAGAAUCACAGUGCAAUCAGGGUGCGUGGGUGUCAAAAUACAAUGCGAUAAUUGGCAUCCAAGCCUACAUCUAGGUUCAGAAAAUAACGUGCUACAAUUCUAUAUUUUGUAUUUUCUUAUUUUGAUUCUUUACCUUUGUGUAAAGAGCACGAGUUGGCGUAAAAGGGCAGAAGGAGCGGGACAAGAACAGAGUCACGAACAGGGAUCCACGUUUACAUCGUGAAGUUUUCGACGUUGAGCUGCACUGUCGGUGUACCUUUGAGCACGCUCAACGGGGAAGCGAAGCCGUGCGACAGCGUCUUGCGGACGGUCGUGACAAGUGACCGGGGACCGGACACUGGAGGAAGGUA